AUGACUGAAGGGUCUGGGCUGUUGUAUGAUGAUUUAGCAACGUGGCAUUCUGACCUCAAGAAGAUUGCUAUUGCCAUCACACCUUCUGCGUAUAAUCUUGUCCCCCCAGCCACCAUUCCUAUCCAGGAGCGCACAGCUUGGGUUGAAAAUGCCGCUACUGAUUUGCUGGAUGAUUUAAUGUUUCUUUGUGAUGGAGUGGAUGAAUUUGGGAAAACCAAGAACUUUGCUCACCCUGGACUUCACGAGGGUGCGAUACUUUUCUUGUAUACUGGAUCCUAUCCUCUCAUCUGCACAAUGUUCAAUUGCGUCUUCAAUGGUCUCGUUAAGAAUGGAAACGGAAAAUCUUUCCUGAAGUUCACUGCUAAGGAGUACGAGCUCAUUUAUAAAGCAAUGCUCAAGCUUCUUCAAGAUGUCAUGGACGACCCCUAUCAUGGUCCAAAGCUAGCGCAACAGCUUCGUGCAUGGGCCGAAGCUGGAUGGACGGAGUCCUGUAAGCUCGACGGCGUUGACCCAUCGAAGCGCCGCCACCUGUGCAUCCAGCUUGAUUGA